AUGACGGGUGACAGUAUUUGGAAUUUCGGGGCUAAAAAUGGGGUCGAAACUUAUAUUGUAGUAAGACGGACACUCUUCAUGUUUAUUCACUCAGAUUGUCNAAGACUUUUUAACAGAAAAAUUUCGAAGACUCUUGUUCCGAUUUCGUCGGUAAUCGUAACUCCCUUCCAAUAUAUAUCUUCAGUUUUGCUUGCUUUUUCCCCUCUCCACAGGUGGUGUGUAGGCAAUGUGCCUCAUAUACGCUAUGUUAGAAGCACGUUUGGUAUUAUCGAUGAAGGGCCCUUGCCUCCUCCAAUUUUACGCAUCAGUGAUGGCGGCCAUUUUGAAAAUCUAGCUUUGCUACCUCUCCUCAAACGUCGGCUACCAAAACUCGUUAUUGUGAGCGGAAGCAGUUGUGAAUCGGACGAAGAUUACGGUAACGAGCUUAAGAUUGCGAUAGAACUAGCGAGAGAAAAGCUACGAUGUUCUUUCAGUGGCUUGGAUGGUCGAGACAUCAUGGAGGAUAUCCGAGCGAAUUUUGUAGAGAAAGAGCCUGGUGACCAGCCCCGAUCUUACAGGUUCAAAGUGGCUUAUUACUCUAAAGACCCCGACAGUGGAGCCGAAAACCUGGUCGGGGAGGGGCAAAUCCUUUUCAUUGCUCCCAGACACCCAAAUAAGGGAGUACAUACGGAGGAGCACGUGACUUGGAAAGAGGCGUUGCAUGAUAUCAACGUUGAUCUUGAGGAAGGUCUGUGGGGAACUGGGCCCGAGUUGGAUGCUGACGAAGUCGAUCGUCUAACCUUUUGUUGCUGUGAAGCCUGCCACAGUCUCUGUUGUGCCUCAGCCUCGGCUUACUGUUGUGGUUCGUUUCCUCUUCAUAGUUCUGCCAAUCAGUUAUUCACACCUGCCAUGUUUUCAGCUUAUCACCGUGAAGGUUAUCGAGCAGCCACUGAGGCUAAAGCAGUCGAGUUUCUCUCGGGAUAAAACUCGGAACACCAGUCUUGGUAACUUUAGGGGUUUUUUCUUUUUGUGGGUAGCGCUCAAGGUUUUAAAACCGUAAAAAUCUAAAAUAGCCACCGUUGGAGUUAUAGUGUUACGUUUCAAGGUAUUGAACAGGAGGGGUUACAUAAUUCGAACCACGCACACAAAACAAGACUUACUAAAGUAGCUAUUGGGCACACACCCCUCCCCUCCACCCCACCCCCCGCCAUGUUCCUUAGGGUGUACAUACGGACAGGUCUUACCCGAGUGUGUUUCGGAAAAUUAAACGUGACAAGAUUUAAUUUAUUUUUCUCGACAAGGGUGUUUUGGAAUUGCCUGCUAUACCGUGAAAUUCCGAAACUUAGCGUUUGGCUUUUUGUAAUUGCGGUGACUUUUAAUAAUUAGGCCAGGUGGUUCGCGGCCACGCACGAGAGAGUGCGUGGCCGCGAACGACCUGGACCAUCUGAGAAUCAGGCUGGCAGUCGAGAACGGUCGUAAAUUUUAUUCGUCUUAGAUUGAUUAUUCGUCUAUGACGGAUAAUUCGUCUGUAGUAUAAAUGCCCGGCAACCUGAACUUCUCACAGAUUUUCGGCGGAAAGCCUUAUUCAAAAAUGAUGAGAUUGUUUGAAAAUACUAAGCGAUUCUAAAAAAAUGUUUUGGUUUACUAAUUGAAUAAGUAUUAAAGGCUUGAGGGAAUAUUUUCAACACAAAUAUUAGCGAGAGAUAUAUACGUUUCAACAUCGUUGGAUAUUGUUGACAAUGACAUCGGACGAUGUCGAAACGUCGUAUAUUUCUCUCGGUUUACUAACUGACGAAUUUACCGAGCUUGAGCAUAACAUAAAAUUGCGACGUUUUCGACGGCUGCCGGGCAUAAAUAAUAAUAAUAAUAAUAACAAUAACAAUGACA